AAAAUAAAUAAAAAAAAAGAAAAGAGUGUGAGUGAGCGAGUGAGCAAGCCAAAAAGCCCAAUACCAGACCGUACGGUCUUGGUGAGUGAGGGAGAGAGAGAGAGAGAGAGCUUAAGCUCCAUUACUACUGUAAGAUUAUUAUCUCUUCUGUCUCUCUAGUUCGCUUAGCUGAAAAUCUCACUCGAUCGAGCUCUUUAAUCCUUUUUCGAAGACUCCACAACAUAUUAGAGUACUGUAGGAAGUUCCUUCUUUGUUUUCUGUUCGUACAGUUUCGUUUAGUGUACAGAGAAGAAAAAGAAAAAGAAAAACCCAAAAAAUAAAGCUCAUUUCCAUGGAGUUGUACGGCCGGAGCCCCGCGAGGAAUGGGUCGAAUCCCGGACAUCAGCCGGAGUGGACUCCGGAUGGCGGCGAAACUGGGCUGGAAGGGUUUUUGAUGUGACUUGGGUUUCGUUGUUUGGGGACGAAAUUUGUAGAAUCGAUGUGGCAAUUGGGGCUGACUGGCGCCGGCGAUGGUGGCGGCGAAUCUUACCCGGAGCGUCCCGGCGUGCCGAACUGUGUGUAUUAUAUGCGAACUGGUUAUUGUGGAUAUGGUAACCGGUGUCGCUACAACCAUCCCCGUGAUCGUGCUGCGGUGGCAGCAGCUGUGAGAGCUACUGGGGAGUACCCAGAGCGAGUGGGAGAACCUAUAUGUCAGUAUUACUUAAAAACUGGGACCUGUAAAUUUGGUGCGUCCUGCAAGUUCCACCAUCCAAAACAUGGAGGUGGAUCUUUGAGCCAAGCUCCACUAAAUGUUUAUGGAUACCCAUUACGACCGGGUGAGGCAGAGUGCUCCUACUAUUUGAAAACGGGGCAGUGCAAAUUUGGGUUAACUUGUAAAUUCCAUCAUCCUCAACCUGCCGGCACCUCAGUGACGGCUUCUGCACCUCAAUUUUAUCCACCGGUGCAAUCUCCUUCAGUUCCCAUGCCUGAUCAAUUUGGGGGGCCGUCCACCAGCUUGAGGGUGGCUAGGCCUCCGUUAGUACCUGGUUCAUAUGUUCAAGGGACUUAUGGUCCUGUUUUAUUUCCUCAUGGAGUUGUUCCUUUACCUGGGUGGAAUCCUUACUCGGCACCUGUAAGCCCAGUGCUAUCUCCUGGUGCUCAGCCUACUGUAGGAGGAGCUUCUGUGUAUGGAGUAACACAUUUACCUUCUUCUACAGCUUCUGUUGCAAGACCUUACUCCUCUUUACCUUCUUCUAUUGGCGCCUCAAGCAGUAGUCCAAAGGAACAAGCAUUUCCAGAGAGGCCUGGAGAACCCGAGUGCCAAUAUUAUUUAAAAACAGGGGACUGCAAAUUUGGAUCAUCAUGCCGUUACCAUCAUCCACGUGAUCGAGCAGUGCCAAGGACAAAUUGUCUCCUCAGUCCAGUCGGCCUCCCCUUGCGUCCGGGUAUGCAACCUUGCACUUUCUAUUUGCAAAAUGGGCAUUGCAAAUUCGGUGCCACUUGUAAAUUUGAUCAUCCAUUGGGUACUAUGAGAUAUAGUCCAUCAGCUUCAUCUUUAAUUGAUAUGCCAGUUACUCCAUAUCCAGUUGGGUCAUUGCUAGCUACUCUGGCUCCCUCAUCCACAUCAUCAGAGCUUCGACCUGAACUAAUAUCAGGAUCCAAGAUGGAAUCUUUUUCAGCUAGAAUGCCUUCUUCUGGGAACACCUCAACUAGUUCAGUUGGUUUAAUAUUCUCACAGACUGGGCCUGUUUCACUUUCUGAUGUGCAACUUUCAAGUCAGAGUUCCGUCGCUUUAAGCAGUAGCAGAAGCACUAGACAAGGCGGUGAGGUUCGUCGUUCAAGCUAAUUAAACACAAGCCAUUCUCCAUUAUGCUGUAGGUGGGGGGAUUUCACCUGCCUCGUAUUAUGUAUGCUGUUUAUAUAUGUCGGUAAAUGUGUAGUGGUCAACUGUGCAAAGGUUUUUACAUCUCACAUUCAAGGUCAAGGUCUUAUUAUUAUUAUUAUUAUUAUUAUUAUCUCUAUCAAGCUACUCUGUUGUUUAGUCUAUAUAAUAGGAUGAUGUGGAUUAUUUAUGCUCAUUUCAUCUAUAUGCAGCCACCAAUGCUAUCCCAAAUAAGCUGCAAAGGCAGAUCUCUAAUGUACUGCUUCUCACUUCCAAGUAUUUAUGAUAGGAUUCAUUUAUAUCAGGUAAUGCAAUGUCUUAUAUAGAACUCAUUGUGUAAUCCAAAGAAUCUCUAGUUAGUUUGUUCA